UUUUUCUCAAAUUCUUGAGGAGGAGGAGGAGAAAAAAAAAUAUGUUGCUUCGGAGUUCUUCAACCCCUGUUCUUGGGUCCCUCCUCUGUUCUGUUGUAGGGAGUCCCAACCAUGAAACUGCUGCUACCUUCGCUACCAUCAAGCAUCAUCUGCCGAUGGGACUUUACCAUAAAAAGUUUUUAACGGUAAAGGCAGCAGCAACUUUCGUCAGGCUCAAUUUGACAGGAACUUGGAAGGACUCGCAUAUGCUUCUUGUGAUGGAAAUGAAAAGUUCUCUGACGAAACUCGAUAGCCAAAGAAGGUUUCAAUUUGGAUUCCAGCCAUGUUCAAGCGGCAUAUGCCAGUUUCCUUUGGGAAACAGAGGAAGAUGAAGAUGAAUAUAGAACACCAUACAAG